UCUAGAAGACGACACAAGAUGGCACAAGUAGGAGUGGACGAGCUAGAGCAUCGUCUCAAUGCUUUAAUAGAAUAUUUGACGCCAUAUUCGACUUUUAUUAAUUGCCACAUGGUUAACUAUCUAACGGACGACCAUUGGAAAGAAUAUGUGCCUUCGCCAUUGAGAGCAGAGCUUCCAACAGCUGACCACGUACAACGAGCAAUAGAAACAUUGUUUUCAAAUAAGUCGCCUGAUUUCCAGAAGUUUCCAGCACUUGCCCAAUUUUUGAAAGCUAGCGAGUGCCAACGCUUGUCCAGUUCUACGGACCUGUUAACCAGUGUUGAGCAACUGGACCAGAUCCUAAAUGCCCAAAUGCAAACAGAGCUGAGCAUUAAAGAAUUUAUGAGCGCUAAAAAGUGCCAUGAGGUGGAGCUAACCGCGGCUUUGGUGAACAAACUCGUGAAGAGUUUAGUGGCAGGGUCCAAUUGCUAUAUUGUUGAUGCUGGUGAUGGCAAAGGAUAUCUCUCAUCGAGAUUGGGGUUGCAGUAUGGACUUUCGGUGCUUGGAAUUGAUGCCAAUGAGUCGAACACAAAAAAUGCUCUUUCACGAGAUAGUAAAUUACAGCGCGCCUGGAACGGCUUAACAGAACGCGCCGAGAUAUUAAACCAAGGCAAAACACCACCGAGACGCGGUAAAAAGUCUCCUACUAAGGAAGCACAUACAACUGCCCCCAUUAAGAAAUAUAAAACCACUUCAAUGUACAUAACCACCAAACUAAACUUGUGUGAUUUACUGAAGAAACAUUUUGAGGAUGACCAAGAAGUAGUUGAUCCUUGCAUAUGUCUUACCGGCUUACACACCUGUGGAAAUCUAGCCGCAACUUGCUUACAAGUCUUUCAUGCUCAGAAUAAUUGCCGCGUACUGUGCAAUGUGGGCUGCUGUUAUCAUUUAUUGAACGAACGGUACUCGGAACAGGAAUUCUUUGGCAACAAGGCAUUGAUGUCCAAGUCAACUGAUUAUGGAUUCCCCUUGAGUCACUACCUUCAGCAGCGCCAAUUUAAAUUGGGUCGGAAUGCCCGAAUGCUAGCCGCACAAUCCAUUGAACGUACUUUGUCAGCCAAGGAACUGCCUAACAUCUCGCUCUACUAUCGCGCACUGCUCGAGCUUCUGGUCUGCAGACAUGCGCCGGAUUUAAAGAAUUCACUGCAAGUGGGCAAAGUAAAAAAAUGUGACGAUUUUGUGGAAUAUGUGCAGAAGUGUUCAAAGAAGCUGAAUGAACCUUGGUUGGCUGAAAUCAAAGAAGACGAACUGAAGGCCUUGCUGCAGCAACACGAAUCAGAUCAACAUUAUCUGUCGCUCUUCUAUCUACUGCGCAUGUCAUUUGCUCCGGUGGUGGAGAGCUUAAUACUUCUCGAUCGGCUGCUGUUCCUCAAGGAACUGGGCUACGAGCACAGCUAUUUAAUUGAUCUGUUCGAUGCGGUUAUAUCACCACGACACUAUGCGAUAGUUGCAUUCAAGGAAAAUUUGAUUUGACAAUGAAUUUGAAAAGCUGUGCAAUACUUCGCCUAAACUAUACAAUAAACAUACGAGGGUAGUCUGAAAAGUUCUGCAAUGUAUGUAAAUAUAUGUAUAUAAAUAAAAAUAAAUUAAACCUGCUUAUUAGCGACAUUUCAGACCACCCUCGUAUAUAUUCUAGUUUUACAACUUUUUAUUGUAAAUCUGUCAAUCCGUUGUUUUUAAGUGUUUUUUACA